AUGAAGUUCUACCCUGCCAUCUUCGCCGUCAUCGCCCUCUUCUCCGCGGCAGAAGCCUGCAAGUGCUGGAACUCGUACGGAAGAGCCGCCUCCGAGUACACGCACGCCUGCUGCACCUAUACUGGCGGCUUGUACAGCGACCACAACUGCGACGGCGACAACUUCGACAAGCUUGACGUGUUUCGAACGUGCUGCGAGAAUUUGGGCACUGAGUCGGAUUGUGAUUGCCCGGAUUGUCCUGAGGAGGAUGCGAGGCGGAAGGCUUUGGGUCUUGCGCCCAUGACGGAUGCUAAGAGGCAUGAGUUUGCGGUGAAGAAGACUGAGACGAAAACGAAGACUGAGAAGCAGCGGAGUGUGCCGUUUAUUGGAUAG